AUGGACAAGUGGAUUGGAAAAGUUGCUGUAGUGACUGGUGCAUCUUUUGGUAUUGGAGAAGCAAUAUGUAGGAAAUUAGUUAAAAAUGGAAUGAUUGUUGUUGGAUUUGCUAGAAAAGAAUAUAGAUUACAGGAAUUGAAAAAUGAAUUAAAAGACAAUUUUCAUUACGUAAAAGUUGACUUAUGUUCGGAACAAAAUAUUUUGGAUGCUUUUGGGUGGGUAAAAAAUACAUUCAAAUCUGUAGAUGUUUUAAUUAAUAAUGCUGGAGUUUUGAAGCUAACUGAUGUAUUAGGCGACACAAAUGAUUGGAAAAUUAUGUUUGAUACGAACGUCUUGAGUCUGCACAUUUGCUGUAGAGAAGCUAUUAAAAUCAUGAAGGAAAACGAAAUUAAAGAAGGACACAUAUUAAACGUUAACAGUAUAUUCGGUCAUUACGUAAUGUCUGGAUUGAAAGAUUUUUCAGUUUACGGUUCUACUAAGUUUAGCGUCACUGCGCUUACAGAAUACUUAAGAGAGUUUAUGACCAUGGAAAAUCUACCUAUCAGAGUGACGAGUAUCAGCCCGGGAUUUGUUAAUACUAAAAUGACCUCAAAAUUCAACUUAGAUAAAGUUGAAGAUAAUGAAACAUUGCAAACAAUUGAUAUUGCUGAAGCCAUGUUAUAUGCAUUAAGUGCACCUAAACGUGUUAACGUUGCUGAAAUAACUUUAAGACCAUUAGUUGAUAAAAUGGCACAUAUCGUCAACAGUUCAUAA